ACUACUACUAGACCCUAAUAUUACAAAUAGUCGCCAAUAAUUAUCAAACAUUUGUUGUUUAAUUAAUUAAAGAUUUCAUUCACUGGCUGUAAUUAACUGCAGUACUAUUAUAUAUAGACUUGUACUGUAUAUAAACUCAUGUCAAACAAUUGAUAAAUAUUGUCAUAAAUUUUGAUUAGUAUUUUCAUCAAAAUUAUUUUUAAAUUUUAUUUUUUUUGUGGAAAUCAUUUGUUAAUUAUAUAUUGAAUUGUUAAUUAAAUAAAAUGCCAAUUGAUUUGUAUACAACACCUCUAAGCCCACCCGCGAGGGCCGUUCACAUGACACUCAAGCGGCUUAAUAUCGACGCCAAUAUCAUUGAAAUAAAUCUACAAAACGGCGAUCAUUUGAAACCCGAAUUUCUUAAGCUUAACCCUCAACAUUGUGUACCAUUCUUUGUCGACGACGGCUUUUCGUUGACUGAAAGUCGGGCAAUAAUGCAGUAUUUAGUGUCCAAAUAUGCACCAAACAGUCCUCUCUAUCCGACCGGUGAUCUGAAAAAGAGAGCACAUGUCGAUCGGCUUCUCUAUUACGAUAUGAGCGUUUGGUACGCCAUUCGAGAUAAUAUCAUGAACCCAUUGUUUCGCGGAGAAGAUCCGCACCCGAAUGCUGUCAAGAAUUAUUACAAUAACUUAAGUGUUUUGAAUACAUAUAUCGGUGAUAACAAGUAUGUGGCCGGAGAUGAACUAACAAUUGCUGAUCUGUCGUUUUUGGCCUCAUUGACAAUGUUGUCGGUCAACGAUUACAAAGACCUGGAAGACUAUUCAAAUGUUAAGCGAUGGUUCAAUCAAUUGAAGAAUGAGUUGCCAUACUUUGAUGAAAUCAACGGCAAAGUACCUCAACUCAUGAAAGAGUUGGCAAAUUCGUGGGGCAAGAAACGAUUGGGUGAAGGGGUAAUUUGUAAGACUGGUCUAUUACAAUCAGAAACCAUUAAUGGCCAGUUUAUAGCAAUUAUUGUCGAGAUACCCCUGAUGGCCAGGGGAGACUAUAUGCGCGGUUUUACGAUAAUAAUUAAAAUGACAAUUGAUUUGUAUUUUCUGCAACUGAGUCCACCGGCCCGAGCGGUGCUCAUGACAUGCAAACAGUUAGGUAUUGACGUAAAUGUUAUUAAUCUAGACUUUAUUAAAGGGGAACACCUUUCGCCUGAAUACGUAAAGCUAAACCCGGCCCAUCAGGUGCCUACUAUUGUGGACAACGAGUUUGUUCUCUAUGAAAGUCGGGCUAUUAUGCAAUACCUGUGUAACAAAUAUGAACCCAACGGUGCUCUAUAUCCAAGUGAACCGAAAAAACGAGCUCUUGUUGAUCGUUGGCUUAAUACAGAUAUGUCUUAUUUCAUGGCUAACAGAGACCGAUAUGCAUUGAAAAUAGUUAGAGGUAUAGAACCAACUGAGCAAACAUUCAAAACAUUUGAGACAACACUGAAACUUUUGGACCAACUAAUUGGUGACAACAAAUACUUAGCCGGUGACCAAUUAACCAUUGCUGACCUGUCUGUGUUGGCCUCAACAACAUUAUUGGCAAUCAAUGAUUACGUGGAUUUUGAUGACCAUCCGAACCUAAAGAGAUGGUUUGAAACAUUGGCCAAUGAGUUGCCGUAUUUCGAUGAAAUCAAUCAAAAUAUUGGUCAGAAAUUUAAAGAGUUGGGUGAGGCUAUCAAAAGUCAGACUAAUAAGUAAUCAUUGAAAUACAGAAAAUAUCAAAUUUUUGAAAAAAUACUAUUAAUGAGAAUAAUGAAAAAUG